UUUUUUUCUGUCACAAACUGCCAGCCAGUUUUAGAAAUUCCGAUUUCAAAUCAUUUGUUCUUUUCGCCGAUGGUCAAAUGACUGAUCUUCUCCUGAUUAUCGACAAUUCCACAUAAUUAUCUGUUAAACUAUCGCUUGAGCUUGUGCGUGAAAAUUUUUGUAAGGUUAUCACUGUACCCCGGAGAAAAGCAUGGAGCCCGUAGUAGGAUAUAACUAUCUCGCGAAGGAAGAUGAUUUCGUUAUGACACCAAUUUCCACAGGGACGACCAUCGUGGCUGUCGAAUACGAUGAUGGCACGGAUUCGGGAGUGGUGUUUGGUGCGGACUCACGAACAACAUCGGGGACUUAUGUUAGCAACCGAUUUACGGACAAAUUAACACACGUGACACAGAACAUUUACUGCUGUCGAUCUGGUUCAGCAGCGGAUACUCAGGCCAUUGCGGAUAUUGUAUCCUACCAUUUGGGACUUCUUGAGGUGCAAACUGGUGAAGCUCCACGAGUUCGGGUUGCUGCGAAGCUUUUUCAAGAGCUGUGCUACAAUAAUCGGGAUGAUUUAACAGCCGGGAUUAUCUGUGCCGGAUGGGAUCGCUACGAAGGCGGGCAGUGCUAUACCAUCCCUCUUGGAGGUAUGUGCAUGCGGCAGCCGGUGGCCAUGGGAGGUUCCGGAAGUACUUACGUGUACGGUUACGUCGACCAGAAUUAUCGCAAGGGAAUGAACAAGGCCCAGUGUAUGCAGUUUGUGGCCAACUAUGUGAGUUUGGCAAUGAAUCGCGAUAACGCCAGUGGUGGAGUUGUUCGUUUGGCAGCCAUCAAUAAAGCCGGCAUCGAACGAGUGAAUCUACUGGACAAACAGAUUCCGCAGCACUGGCAGGAUUAGAAAAGCAGUCAUUCUUGUUCUCAUUAUUUUUAUUUAAUACAUUUCUUACAUUAUUCAUAUUCGAUAAUUUGUCCGUUUCCAGCGGCAAAAUUUUGUCUUGAGCUACGCAACUUAAAUGGAUAACAACGUCUGUAAAAAUUAAAAACAAAGAAAUAAAUUUUAUUCCGGAUCCGAAA